ACAGUCUUGGACAUUGAGCACUGUGAUCUGGAGAUCAGCAGCAACAACAGGAGCCACCAUACAGAGCUGAAUGGAGCGACGCGUUUGAUUGUGAGAAGGGGACAGCCCUUCAGCAUCACUCUGCAUCUCAAGCCCGGGAGCCAUCAGUUUACUCCAGGGGAAACAAGCUUCACACUCAUAGUCGAAACAGGUCCAUUACCCAGGAAAGAGUCAGACACCAAGGUGUCCUUUAGUUUGAGUGACUCCAUAGUAAAAACAGAAUGGGGUGCAUCUGCCAAAAAUGGUCCCUCUGAAAACACAGUGUCUGUGUCUAUAAGUUCCUCCCCCAAUGCCCCUAUAGGGCUCUAUACUCUCACUCUGGACCAGGAGAGGCAGAAGAUCAGCUUGGGGGAGUUCAUUCUUCUGUUUAACGCUUGGUGCCCUAGUGAGUAUUCAAAAUCUUUUUAUUAUUAUUUAUUAUCACCUUUUUAUUAUCACCGGCCCACAGGUGAUGUUGUUUACAUGAGGAGUGAGGCGAAGAGGCGGGAGUACGUUUCAGCUCAACAUGGACUUAUCUACAAGGGCACGCCAAAACGAAUCAAAGAGACACCCUGGAACUUUGGCCAGUUUGAGCCAGGCAUGCUGGACAUCUGUCUGAAGAUUUUGGAUGAUAAUCCCAAAUUUGUGUCUGACGCUAACCAGGACUGUAUGAACAGGAGUGACCCUGUCUAUGUGACCAGGGUGUUGAGCGCCAUGAUCAACAGUAAUGAUGACAGCGGCGUGCUGGUGGGAAAUUGGGGGGACUUUUCUGAUGGGACACACCCGGUAGAAUGGAUAGGCAGUGGGGACAUACUGCGCAAGUGGUCACAACAUGGGCCCGUCCGUUAUGGCCAGUGCUGGGUCUUUGCUGCAGUUGAAUGCACAGUCUCCCGGGCCCUGGGUAUCCCCUGUCGAGUGGUUACUAACUUUGGAUCGGCACAUGAUACAAACGCCAACCUGGUGAUAGAGAAAAUAUAUGAUGAGAACGGGGAACGAAUCUCUAAUGACGAUUCAGUAUGGAACUUCCAUGUUUGGGUCGACAGCUGGAUGAAACGACCCGAUUUAGGGCCGGAGUUUGAUGGAUGGCAGGCCAGUGACCCUACCCCGCAGGAGGAGAGUGAAGAUGUGUUCUGUUGUGGUCCUGUUCCCCUGACGGCCAUCAAGGAAGGUGAGCUGACCAAGAAGUAUGAUGCUCCCUUCGUUUUUGCUGAGGUUAACGCUGAUGUCGUGGAAUUAGUACAACUGUCAAAUGGAGAGUUAUUCAAGUUCAGUGAGUCGACAAAAUCUGUGGGACAGUGCAUCAGUACCAAAGCUGUUGGUGUGGACGAGAGACAUGAUAUCACCCACCAGUAUAAGUAUCCUGAAGGUUCAACUGAGGAGAGGCAGGUCUAUGAGAAGGCCCAACACCACAACAAGUUACAGCAACAGGGAGAAGAGCCAGGUCUCCGUAUCAAGGUCAAGUUGGCCAGUAACAUGACCGUGGGCUCGGACUUUGAUGUGCAUGCAGUCCUCACCAACAACUGCAUGGUGGCCAAAACCUGCUCCCUCAUGUUCUUCGCCAGGGCCAUCAGCUAUGAUGGGAAACGAGGAGAGAGCUGUGGAGCAGCUUCAGACAAGGUGGACCUGGCCUGUGGAGAAGAAAUACGUCUCCCCUUAAAACUGGAGUAUGCCAGAUAUGGAUCGGUGAUCACCUCUGAUAGACUGAUCCAACUGUCUGCCUUCGCCAUAGCCAAAAUGACCAAUGAGUAUCAUAAGGCAGAGAAGACCAUUGUACUGGAUGAACCAAAGAUAGAGAUCAAGAUUUUGGGUGAAGCCACAGUGAACCAACCUGUAAAAGCAGAACUCUCCCUGCUGAACCCGCUCCCUGAAACCCUCAGGGACUGCUGCUUCUCCUUCGAGGGAGUCGGCCUCACGCAGCAGAAGGUCAUCAAACUCGAAAUUGGAACUGUGGGUCUCGAAAAGGAAGCCAAGGCCACAGCUGAGUUCAUACCAACCAUCAUUGGCCCAAGUGUGCUUCUGGUAAACUUUGACAGCGACAAACUAAGGAACAUCAAGAACUUCAUCACUGUUGUAGUUGAAAAGUGA